AUGGCAAUUUCCCCUGAUGAUCCAGGUCUCUUUAGUUACAUAGUUGUUGCUAUGGGUUGGUUCUACGUCUUAAUGGAGACUGAUGUUGAGCCCAGCGAAGUUUACUUGCUUUUAAAUGAUUCAAUUGAGCACUCUUCAAUCAAAGAAAUCAGAGAAAACUCUUAAUAAUACCUUUAAAUACUCAGAGAUGAUUAGGAUGCUUUCUUCUCUGAUUUACCCGAAGUUUGCCCUGCAGAUAGUGAAAAUAAUAAUCAAGAUUAAUGA